UCAAGUAAUGGAGGGUCGUUGGGAAAAACUGAACUGAACGUAUCCUUUAAAAGUUGAGCAAAGGAUAUUACAGCGUCUCCAAACUCAACGUCCUCGGAUAGACCAAUUAUGCCUCCGGUGGAUGUGAGUGGAAGUCCGUUUGAACCAUGGUUGAUAUAGAUGCACUACCUGAACAGCUGCUGCUCAAAAUCCUUUCCUACGUUCCUCCCAGGGAGCUGGUUUACAUCUGUAGACUCGUCUGCCAGCAGUGGAAGGAGCUCGUGGAUGGACUAAACCUGCAACCUCACAGUGACGGUUUGCCAAAGGGAAGUCAAGCUGUAACAGCAGAGGACUGGGAUGCAUUUUAUUUUUGCACGUCUGCGAAAAAAAAUCUAAUCAAGAAUGCAUGUGGAGAAGAGGAAUUCAACUUCUGGGAGCUGAUUGAUAAUGAUGGGAAUGGAUGGAAAGUGGAAGAUCUUCCUGGAGACAGUGGGAAGCCCUUCCCCAGUCAAAAUAUCCAGAAAUAUUUUGUUACAUCUUUUGAAUGGUGUCGAAAAACUCAGCUGGUCAACCUGGUCUCAGAAGGAUUAGACGCUGAGAAAUUGGACAGUCUUCAACCCGCCAUCACUGUGAAGGACUGGUAUGCAGGGAGACACGACUCGGGCUUUUUCUAUGAACUCCAUGUCGAACUUCUGUCUGAAGACAUGAGCGUGAUCCAGGAGUACAAGUCUGACCAGAUUGAAGUGCCGCAGUGGAGUGAUGCAGAAUGGAAGGAGAUAUCAAACACUUUCACUGACUAUGGGCCUGGUGUCCGCUAUGUGAAGUUUACACAUGGAGGAAAAGACUUGCAGUUUUGGGGAGGAUGGUACGGAGCCAGAGUCACCAACAGCACUGUCAUCGUGGAGCAAUAACCGGCUGUUGCUUUUGCAACCAACUUUGCAACAUUUUUAUGUUAACUGGCAUGAUCUGAGUUUCCUAGCAGAUCCCAGUGCAGUUUAUGUCACUGGACAUAGAUGGAUGCAGGGCGUGGAUGAGAGGGGAGAGCCAGCAUUUUAUUGAUGCUUUUAAUCCCAAAAGAAAUUGAUACCCACUUGUUCAAAGCAAAGUCACACAGACGACUUAAUUUGCAGAAUGCCAAAGACUAUGCCCUCUGCCUCCCUUCCUCCACAACAAAUAAAAUCAUAUUGUCCUAUGCCAAGCCAAAGGGAAAAUAAAUAUAGUGACUUACUUAAUCUUAACCUGACCAAAGAUCACACAUUCGUGUGCAAUAUACAGCAUGGUCUUGCUACUUUGCUGUUCAGAAUACUGAACGUAAUGGCGAACCAGGAAGAGAUGAUCAUUCUGCAGCUAUAAGCAUGAACCAUUCCAUAUUUUUCACACACUGUUAUGUCUACGGGUGCCUUUUCAAUUUAGCAGGAUACUGAAUGUCUGGGAUAGCCCCUUGGUAUCAGUCAGAGUUUACCAGUAAAACAAUGCUUCCAAAGUCCAUCAAAUUAAUUUGGUUUGAGGUUAAGAUUCUACUGGCUUUAAUGCUCACAUUUAACAAAUAAUCCUUAAUACACUGAAUAUUUUUAUUAUUGCUUAUUUUUUUUGUAUUUCAAGCAAUAAGCACCAGAAAGAAAAAUCACUCCCCGCCAAAGCCCUAUUUGGAAAAUGGUUUUUAUUUUUAUCACUUCCAGUGACAACAAACACAAAGAUGUCGAGCUCAUAUUUUAAUUUAGUUUGAUUUAUGAGUGCCACACUUGACUUUUAAUAUGUGUAUAUGGAGCAUAUAUCUGCUUUUUUUCAUCACUGUCACACCAGUUCAGUGGUGAACAAUUCCAUGGGUAAAAGCAUAUGCAAGAAUGGGGAAAGAAGCAAACGAUAUUUGUAGUUAUGUGAAAGGAAGUGAAGAUAUGGUUGAAGAAAUAAUUAUUAUUGGUAAGUACUACUUAUUUCAAAUGGGCUAAGCUUUACAGGGAAAAAAAAAGUUAAUGUGCUUCUUAUGAUUUUUUUUGUAAGGAAUCAAAAAAAUCUGAUUUUGCAAAACAAUUAACCAAAAUAAAGGCCAUAACAUGCAAAUCCUAAUUACAUAUAUAACAUUUAAAGCUUUCAUCUGUAAAGAUAACUUUACUGAUUAUUUAGCUUUGCACUCCACACAGAUCGUUUCCUAGGACUAUUUUUCACGCUAUCAAAUUGCAAUGUGAGAAAUAUCACUUAAUUGUGCUACUGCUCUGAAAUGUGCUAUUUCAACUAUUCCCAAUCUAUGAUAAUUACAUAAAUGACAGGGCAGGGUGCAAUAUAUCCAAGAUUGAUCAUAGAAAACUGUUGAAAACUAGAUUGUGAAGAGGAUACUGUAGUGGUAGCUAAUAGUGUUAUUAUUAUGCCACUCAGUUAGCCACUCCCACAUGGGAGGAGUUCACAUAUGUA